AUGCCCAGGAUGCCUGGCAGGCUCCGAGGCAGAGUGCCCCGCUCUGGGCCCCCGGGGCUGCCGGGCCCUGCCUCCGAGGACUGCCCCCAUCGCCGGCCCCAGCAGCCCUGCUGCUGCCAGCUGCUGCCCUCCUCACCCACGGCCCUGCCAGGCAAGGAGAGGUUAGACAGUGUGCACCUAAACUGGUUUGAACCCAGUUUAGCUGUUGCCCUCUUUCCUGGAGGGCUGUAUCUGGGAUUCUGUGGGGAGAGGAAGGGAGGGAGGGCAGCCUCCAGGAAACCACAAGGCCCUUCUGCUACUCAGCGAUCAGCCGGGUACAUUGGGCUCUGGGUUCGAGGGGAAAAGAAGGGCUGGGAGUGCAGCCGGGAGGAGCCCAGGAGCAAGAUGCUGCAGGAUCCCCCCACAGCCGUCCUCCGCCUUGUCCUCCUGACCCUCCUGGACCGGUUGGUCCCACCUGCAAGGGCCACAGAGGCCCCUGAGCUCUGCGAGGUGGAGAUGAACAAGAUCAAGGACCUGCUCCAAGUGAGCUGUGUGGAGAAGGGGCUUGCUGGGCUCCCUGCCGGGCUCCCAACUGCCACUGGCCUCCUCCUGCUGGGCUCCAACCGCCUGGGCCCCCGGCUCUCCCUGGCCGCCUUCCAGCCCCUGGCCCAGCUGAGCGAGCUGGACCUCUCCAACAACAGCCUCUCCACCCUGGAGACUGGUGCCCCACUGCCCCACCUCCAGCAACUGGCCCUCUCCCACAAUGCCUUGGACAGCCUGCCGGACUUCCAGGGCCUGCCUGCCUUGACCCGCCUGGCCCUGGGGCACAACGCUUUGACCCAGCUGCAAGAGGGGGCCUUCCGUGCCCUGGGGGGCUUGCAGGACCUCCAGCUCCAAGGGAACCAGCUCCGGCGCCUGCCCUCCGGAGCCUUCCAGGGCCUGCAGGACCUCCAGGAUCUGGACCUGUCCGACAACCACCUGGAGGCCCUGCCCUGGGACCUUCUGGCAGGGCUGAAGGCAUUGGAGAUCCUGCGGCUGGAGAGGAACCGGCUUCAGACCGUGCCAGACGGCUUCUUCCCAGAGGAGAACACCUUUGUCUACGUCUACCUGGCUGAGAACCCCUGGAGCUGCAACUGCCGGCUGGCCUAUCUGCAGGCCUGGAUCCUGGACCACGACUAUAGCAUCUACACCCGAGUGCAAGUGGCCGAGAAGGAGGUCACCGAGAAUGACCCCCAGAGUGUCAAGUGCCAGGCGCCCCCUAAAGAGAAGGGGAGACCCGUCAUGCUCUUCAAGACUGCCUGCAGGAAACUGGGGGACAGUGAUGGGGGGGAAGGGGAAAAGGAGGAGAGCCCCCAAAGUACCCACAGCACCCCCUUGCCCCCCUUCCUACACUCCUCGGGUGCCCACCACGACAUCAACCACACGUCCAACCACUCCCUCCACACACCUCCUGAGCACAGUCAUGACUGCCACUCCGGCCACAACUGCCCCCACAACAGCCUCCCCGGCCCCAACUGUCCCCAGGCCCACCACCACCAUGGCUUCCCCUACAUCCUCACCCAGUACACCAGCAGCAGCCACAACCGUUCCCACACUUGUGCCCAGCACCACUGCUCUGACCACGCGCGUUCACACAGCAGCUUCCACUGCCCCUUUGGCACCUGUCUCCAGAACUACGCAAGCUACACCCUUCUCUCAGGAAGCCACAACCAUACCCUUCACCACUUUCAUGCCCCCAACAGCCGCACCACCUCCAGCCACAACUCCAAGGGCAGCCUCAACUCUGAGCCCCACUGCCACCUUCAGGUCAUCAACCACAUGUGGGGACACCCCACCGGGCACCUCGGCUCCUGCCUCUGCCGGCCCCUCUACCAUGUUGCCCUCUCCUGAGACCCUUGCCACCUGUCUGUGCCCUGCACUGCCAGUCCAAGGCCACUGGGCAACCCAUCGCCACCAGUCCCCAGUGACCUGGUCAGCCUGGCUGGCACGCCACUGCUGUCCACUGCGUCUGGGGCUGUACCUGG